UACCUGCUAAGCAGGUAUGGGCUGUAGCUGGGGACAACGCCGAACUACCAUGUGAUAUCACACCCGCAUUGCCUGGAGACAACGUUACCAUGCUUUUCUGGUACAAAGAUGGAAUGGGCAUGCCGUUGUAUAGCUUGGAUGCAAGAUUCGGCCCAGUCGGCAAAGCUACCCAUUUUGCAAACACCGAUAAUCUGGGUACCAGAACCCAUUUCAUAACAGAAGACGAACCGUCGAAGGCCAGACUCAGAAUCGAAAGGGUAACAGAGCAAGACCAAGGGGUUUUUCGCUGUCGAGUGGACUUCGUCAACUCACCUACUAGGAACUUUAGGGUCAACUUGACGUUAGUAGUCCAGCCUUCUGCGCCUAAAAUCUUCGAUGCAGAAGGUAAGGAGGUGCGGAUCAACGCGCCAGCCGGGCCAUUUUUGGAAGGCCGAGAGUUGUCAUCCAAAGCCAUCUGUGACUUGGUGGAACAAUGGAACGAUGCUAGAUGGGGUAAUAGAUUCAGACAAGUCAUCCUACAUCACAGUGAAUCAGCUAGAGAUUAGAAGUACACCAAGGAACUUCAAGAGUGCGCAUCUUGACUGCAGAGCAUCGUCUUCAGAGUUAGCUGGAUUUGUGUCCAGGGUCGUGCCAUUGAUUGUUUACCGUAA